AAUGAACCACCUGUGAUCUCCGGCUGUCAAAAUAAUAUCGUUUUGACAACCGCAAAUAUGCAAGGCCUCAAUGUCUUCUGGACACCACCGACUGCAACAGACGCUAGUUCUUAUGACACACGGUCAACACAUGCGCCGGGAGAACUUUUUCCUGUUGCAGCAACUCAAGUCACGUACACUUUUACUGAUGUAAAUGGGCUUUCCUCAACAUGCGUCUUUACUGUCACUGUCACAUUCGGGAAUGGCAGGCCACUUGUGAUUAACUGCCCAGCCAACAUCAUUCAAGAAGUCUCGACUGGCAAUCGGAAUGGAAUUGAAGUAACAUGGAAUUUACCCACAGUCGCGGACGACAGUGGAAUACAACCAACUAUCUCCUUGACAUCAAAUGCACAGCUUGGACCUGGUUCGUUCUUUCCAUUUGGAAGCUACACAAUUACCUACAGAGCUACUGAUGUGGAAGGGAAUUCCGAGUCAUGUUCCUUUACUGUCAUUGUUGUGGAUCGAGUACCACCUGUACUCAAUUGCCCUCCAAAUAUUAUACGAGAAGUCACCAGUGGCAAUGGGAAUGGAAUUGAAGUGUCAUGGAAUGUUCCUACAGCUACAGACAACAGUGGAGCUGAACCAACUGUCUCCCUGAGCUCAAAUUCCCAACAAGGACCUGGUUCCUUCUUCCAGUUUGGAACCUACACCAUUGCCUACCUUGCCACAGAUGAGACAGGCAAUUCCAUGACAUGUUCUUUUACUGUGACAGUCGUUGACAAUGAACCACCUGUGAUCUCCGGCUGUCAAAAUAAUAUCGUUUUGACAACCGCAAAUAUGCAAGGCCUCAAUGUCUUCUGGACACCACCGACUGCAACAGACGCUAGUUCUUAUGACACACGGUCAACACAUGCGCCGGGAGAACUUUUUCCUGUUGCAGCAACUCAAGUCACAUACACUUUUACUGAUGUAAAUGGGCUUUCCUCAACAUGCGUCUUUACUGUCACUGUCACAUUCGGGGAUGGCGGGCCACUUGUGAUUAACUGCCCAGCCAACAUCAUUCAAGAAGUCUCGACUGGCAAUCGGAAUGGAAUUGAAGUAACAUGGAAUUUACCCACAGUCGCGGACGACAGUGGAAUACAACCAACUAUCUCCUUGACAUCAAAUGCACAGCUUGGACCUGGUUCGUUCUUUCCAUUUGGAAGCUACACAAUUACCUACAGAGCUACUGAUGUGGAAGGGAAUUCCGAGUCAUGUUCCUUUACUGUCACUGUUGUGGAUCGAGUACCACCUGUUCUCAAUUGCCCACCCAAUAUUAUACAAGAAGUCACCAGUGGCAAUGGGAAUGGAAUUGAAGUGUCAUGGAAUGUUCCUACAGCUACAGACAACAGUGGAGCUGCACCUAAUGUCUUCCUGACCUCAAAUUCACAGCAAACUCCAGGUUCCUUCUUUGCAUUUGGAACAUACACCAUAACAUAUACUGCCAGUGAUGGUGCAGGCAAUUCCGUUUCGUGUUCUUUUACUGUUAAUGUUGUAUCACCAAAUCCGUGCUUACCUUCACCUUGCCAGAAUGGUGGGACUUGUUUCAAUAGUUCUUCUGGGAUUCUUAUCUUCUGCGUUUGUCCUGAAGGCUUUUCAGGAGUUAGAUGUGAAAUAUACGUUGACAAUGAACCACCUGUGAUCUCCGGCUGUCAAAAUAAUAUCGUUUUGACAACCUCAAAUAUGCAAGGCCUCAAUGUCUUCUGGACACCACCGACUGCAACAGACGCUAGUUCUUAUGACACACGGUCAACACAUGCGCCGGGAGAACUUUUUCCUGUUGCAGCAACUCAAGUCACAUACACUUUUACUGAUGUAAAUGGGCUUUCCUCAACAUGCGUCUUUACUGUCACUGUCACAUUCGGGGAUGGCGGGCCACUUGUGAUUAACUGCCCAGCCAACAUCAUUCAAGAAGUCUCGACUGGCAAUCGGAAUGGAAUUGAAGUAACAUGGAAUUUACCCACAGUCGCGGACGACAGUGGAAUACAACCAACUAUCUCCUUGACAUCAAAUGCACAGCUUGGACCUGGUUCGUUCUUUCCAUUUGGAAGCUACACAAUUACCUACAGAGCUACUGAUGUGGAAGGGAAUUCCGAGUCAUGUUCCUUUACUGUCACUGUUGUGGAUCGAGUACCACCUGUUCUCAAUUGCCCACCCAAUAUUAUACAAGAAGUCACCAGUGGCAAUGGGAAUGGAAUUGAAGUGUCAUGGAAUGUUCCUACAGCUACAGACAACAGUGGAGCUGCACCUAAUGUCUUCCUGACCUCAAAUUCACAGCAAACUCCAGGUUCCUUCUUUGCAUUUGGAACAUACACCAUAACAUAUACUGCCAGUGAUGGUGCAGGCAAUUCCGUUUCGUGUUCUUUUACUGUUAAUGUUGUAUCACCAAAUCCGUGCUUACCUUCACCUUGCCAGAAUGGUGGGACUUGUUUCAAUAGUUCUUCUGGGAUUCUUAUCUUCUGCGUUUGUCCUGAAGGCUUUUCAGGAGUUAGAUGUGAAAUAUACGUUGACAAUGAACCACCUGUGAUCUCCGGCUGUCAAAAUAAUAUCGUUUUGACAACCGCAAAUAUGCAAGGCCUCAAUGUCUUCUGGACACCACCGACUGCAACAGACGCUAGUUCUUAUGACACACGGUCAACACAUGCGCCGGGAGAACUUUUUCCUGUUGCAGCAACUGAAGUCACGUACACUUUUACUGAUGUAAAUGGGCUUUCCUCAACAUGCGUCUUUACUGUCACUGUCACAUUCGGGGAUGGCGGGCCACUUGUGAUUAACUGCCCAGCCAACAUCAUUCAAGAAGUGUUGACUGGCAAUCGGAAUGGAAUUGAAGUAACAUGGAAUUUACCCACAGUCGCGGACGACAGCGGAAUACAACCAACUAUCUCCUUGACAUCAAAUGCACAGCUUGGACCUGGUUCGUUCUUUCCAUUUGGAAGCUACACAAUUACCUACAGAGCUACCGAUGUGGAAGGGAAUUCCGAGUCAUGUUCCUUUACUGUCACUGUUGUGGAUCGAGUACCACCUGUUCUCAAUUGCCCACCCAAUAUUAUACAAGAAGUCACCAGUGGCAAUGGGAGUGGAAUUGAAGUGUCAUGGAAUGUUCCUACAGCUACAGACAACAGUGGAGCUGCACCUAAUGUCUUCCUGACCUCAAAUUCACAGCAAACUCCAGGUUCCUUCUUUGCAUUUGGAACAUACACCAUAACAUAUACUGCCAGUGAUGGUGCAGGCAAUUCCGUUUCGUGUUCUUUUACUGUUAAUGUUGGUAAGUUUUUGAAUUCCAUUGUUAGAAAUAUAGGCAAUUAAUAUUUAUAUAUGGAAAUAAACAUCAGUAUUAUUUGUCAGUACAUGGACACAUUUCCAUUGUAAUCAGUUGUUAUUGAUUAGAACUGCCUCUGCGUUUGUUGUCAUUGUGGUAUAUAUGUUACCCUACAACUGUAAUAUGAAAGUCCAAAUUACCAGCCUUUUCGAGUCAGAACCAAUACCAAUAUAAUUGGUUAAACAUUGACAUGUCUUUCAAGGGAAUAAACGGCUUUUGCUUUUGAUGUAAUUUUGAGGAAUG